AUGACGUCUCUCGACUUUAACCAAACGCUGGGUGCGUCGUUUAUCGGCGUCGUCCUUGGAUCAGUGAUCUACGGUAUAUUCGUUUUUACAGCUCUAUACCUACUGUAUAAGAUUCGGUUCCAAGGACAGGUUGUUCUUGAGGGUGUUUAUUACGGUGCUGAUGUACGAACGUCGCGCAUAACCCAAUUUCUAGCCGUUGAUUGUUAUUUUAGGAGUGUGGACACUUUCCACUUGAUCCUCGUGUCCCAUUUUCUGUAUCACUACUCCGUCGCACAUUUUGGGGAUUUCGAGGCUCUAGCCGUAUCAAAUUGGAGCGUCGCAAUUCAUAUUCCCGUUGGAGCCGUCGCUAGCUCACUAGUUCAGUUCUUCUACGCUUUCAGGGUCUACAUCCUUAGCGGCCAGCGAAGCUAUGUCAUACCAGCUAUAAUCGUAUCUGGUUUUCCUCUGUCCCAGACAGCUAUUGCCGUUGUCCUCGCGGUCAAAAUAUCCAAAGUCAGAUAUUAUACACGCGGUAGGGAGAGCAUGCCCUACGCUGUUAGCGCUCUCGCCUGCGAAGUCAUUUCCGACGUUGUCAUUACUUUAUCAAUGACUUACUACCUCCGAAAGAGCAAGACUGGAAUUUCCUCGACAAGCAAGGUGCUGCGACUGCUGAUACGAUAUACCAUUAACACGGGUGCUUUGACCACGACAACGGCGAUUGCGAGUGUUGUUAGCUGGGCUGUUGCACCAGAUCAACUUGUCGAUGCCGCAUUGUACAUUGUUAUGGUACGCCUCUAUACCUGCUCGUUCCUCGCCAUCUUGAACUCUCGAGACCACCUUCGAAAUGUUCUGACGCUAGACACAGAACUGGAUCACCUGUCUGGGAUCCAUACUACUGUCCAUGGGAACUCCACCCAGAUUACUAUCCAUACAACGUCGAAUCCUGUGGAGAGUAAAUAUGAGGGGCCUUUUUCCACAUCGACUGUUUAG